CGGCGCCACGGACGUCACGUAGCGGCGCGCCGGCCGCGCGGAUUGAGCUGGGGGUGCGAGUGGCUGCGUCCGUGGUUCCCCGCGCGGGGGCCGGGCCUCGAGCUGGCCGCCGAGGCCACAGCCGCUCUGGCCUUUCUUACCACCCGCCACGAGACGUUUGGUGAAGUGCCGGUGAAAGCUGGCUGAUCGAGGGGCAGCUGGUGCCCCGAGCUGUGACGCCAGUGUGGGGGGUCUUUCGCGGCUGCCCUGCUUCUGUGUUCUGGGGAGUCCUGCUCUAUUUUCCCCAGGAGGAGGGGAGGGGCCGUUGAGGCGGGCGGGUCCUGUGGCUGACUGGGCCUUUGGAAGAACCCCCCCCUCCUGUCCCACCCCUAGGAGGCGGGAAGGAUGACUACGCUCACGCGACAGGAUCUCAACUUUGGCCAAGUGGUGGCCGAUGUGCUCUGUGAGUUCCUGGAGGUGGCCGUACACCUGAUCCUCUACGUGCGCGAGGUCUACCCGGUGGGCAUUUUCCAGAAGCGAAAGAAGUACAACGUGCCUGUCCAGAUGUCCUGCCACCCGGAGCUGAACCAGUACAUCCAGGACACGCUGCACUGUGUGAAGCCGCUCCUGGAGAAGAACGAUGUGGAGAAAGUGGUGGUGGUGAUUUUGGACAAAGAGCACCGUCCAGUAGAGAAGUUCGUCUUUGAAAUCACCCAGCCUCCACUGCUGUCCAUCAGCUCAGACUCGCUGCUGUCGCACGUGGAGCAGCUGCUCCGAGCCUUCAUCCUGAAGAUCAGCGUGUGUGACGCUGUCCUGGACCACAACCCCCCAGGCUGUACUUUCACAGUCCUGGUGCACACGAGGGAAGCCGCCACUCGCAACAUGGAGAAGAUCCAGGUCAUCAAGGACUUCCCCUGGAUCCUAGCAGACGAGCAGGACGUCCACAUGCAUGACCCCCGCCUGAUACCCCUAAAGACCAUGACGUCGGACAUCCUGAAGAUGCAGCUCUACGUGGAAGAACGAGCCCAUAAAAGCAGCUGAGGGUGUGUCUGCCCUCCCCCCCCCCCCCCCCCCCAGCAGAUGCCACAGCUAUCGGACUUUGGGGGCCCUCAGCCUCGGGCAGCGCUGCAGGGCGCCCCUGAUUCCAAGUGCUCUUAUUGCCUCUGUGUAUGGAUGGCUCGCCCUCCAGCUCGGGGCUGCUCGGGGCUGGCUGACUGCAUGGAGGAACUUCCCCAGAAGGGCAGGAAGGGUGUGGGACCCGCACGCCUCGGCCCCCUGGGGUUUCGCCGGGCCAACACUGUCUCAAACACUGUGCUGUGAGUUGUUUCAAUAAAGGGCCCCAAGGGCCGACCUGG